GUGGUGAGGGAGCGACCAGCCCGGGACCAACUGGGAGAGACGACAGACCUGCCCGAGGGACUCCUAAACAUCCUCGGUAACUUCGAGAACAGCAACAGCAGUAUGAAUCAUGGGGGAGGAGGAGGAUGAGCGUCGAGGGUCAGUGACGGGGCUAUUACAGAGCUGUGUGGACCUCUACACCCCGCCUAGCCCUCGCCACCACCCACCUCCUGAACCUGAUUGCUGGGAGGAGGGACGACGAACACUCAGACAGGACAAGACUAAACCCCUUCCCAACCCUCGACCUAUUAUAAAGAAAGAUGAUCCUCCUCUUCUUCCUACACCUCCUCAGAAAAAAAAUGAACGUAGUGAUGCGACAGCCGAGAUGACAGUGGGCAAGAAGAAGACUUCACCGGGACAUCUGACGCGGAAGACGAGCACCAGCGCCUUAAAGAAGACUGACGGAGGAGGGAAAGUUGGCAAGCAUAAAGGCAAGGUUACUGUGGGACCAGACAAACAGGUAGAGAGCGGCAAGAGUGUCACGGAAGUGGCCGCUGCCGACGACCCCGCACCCAAACCACGACCAAUUGUGAUGGGCGGGUGUUCAGGGGCGUACCAGCGGGCGGUGAGGGAGGUGCGUGGCGCGACACCCGACGACAGUGUGGUACUGCUGGGCCUGCCUGGGGACGACAACGUCAUCCUUCACCCUACCCAACCCGACCAGCUUCCCAUCAACAUCAGAUCAUUCACGGUAGCCAUGGCAGCGUCCAAGAUGAAGGCGCUGGGGCUGCGUAAAGGCGCCACCACCAAGCAGGUUGUGUCAGCUGGGCGACGCGAUGACCACUCAGAACGUGCCUCCAGCAGGAAGCCUGAAAGGCCUCGGGUGGGUAAGAAAAUGUUCGAGGACGCUUAUGUGGUAACAUGGAGUCAACCCAUCCUGGCGGCAGACAACAGAGCCUUCAGCAUCACCUUCGACAAGCCCAAGAAGGUUCGUGUGGUUCGUGUGAAUAAGAUGCGGAGGAAGAGCCUGAUAGCAGAUGUGUUGCCACCGCAGGAAGACGAGGAGCCGGCAAGGGAGGAGGCGGAGUGGCUGGAGUGGAGGAGGGUGCACGACCGUGUGGAGCAGUGGCUGAGGGACAACACUAAGGUCGACCCUGACGAGUCACAUGUCGUAGCUAUGCUCCUCGACCCUGAUACCAAAAAGGCUGCGCUCUUCAGAUCCUAGCUCACGUCUGGCCUCUACAGUAACAGAUUCCUUGCUGAUGUAAGAGCUGAUCUCUAGCCGCUGUAAGAGCCGAUCUCUAGCCGCUGUAAGAGCCGAUCUCUAGCCGCUGUAAGAGCCGAUCUCUAGCCGCUGUAAGAGAUGGUCUAGCAGCUGUAUGAGCUGGUCUCUAGCCGCUGUAAGAGCCGAUCUCUAGCCGCUGUAAGAGAUGGUCUAGCAGCUGUAUGAGCUGGUCUCUAGCCGCUGUAAGAGCCGAUCUCUAGCCGCUAUAAGAGCCGAUCUCUAGCCGCUAUAAGAGCCGAUCUCUAGCCGCUAUAGCGCUAUAAGAGCCGAUCUCUAGCCGCUACUAAGCCAGAGAGAGACUGACCAAUAGCUAACGAGGCACAGUUCGUUGACUCUUACACAUUUGUUUCUACUUUGACAGUAUCGCGACAGGCGCAGGUUGAUAUACUGUGCACCUGGUAAGAGAGUGGACACAGUCAUCAAGAAUAAAGCAAUACCCGAUUACUAUACCUAGAAGUUGAGGACUAGAACUUCAACCUAUUGUAAAGUCCAGAGAAGAAAAGACGUAAACAGCUGUCACUUGUUACCCUGCCCGAGGGACGCACGACAACCACAGCUGGGAGUAUCAACAGUGCCCUAACUUAUGACGAUAAAACAGCGACUUGAUGAGGAGUGUUUGUAAAUUAUUAAAUGACAAUAAUUUAA